UGCUUCGGUUGGUUCGGAGUAAACAUUUUUAGAGGCAUGUUGGGUACGUUUGCGACUCAGUACAUGUAGAUCCGUCAUAGUAGACGGUAUGUAUAAGACGAUUUUCAAAAAUACGGAUAGAGACCAAGAGGGAGAGACAGAAAGCAAAAGAGAAUCUACCGUCAGUGAAUUAAGAAAUAUUGAACUUUUGUCGACCGUGUGCAAUAUAAAUACAUACACAAAGGAAGCACAAUAUAUAUAUAUUUAAAAAAAAAACAACAACAACAGAACCAACAACAGCAGCAAUAGUAGUAGCAGUCGCACUACUGAUGAAGUGAAAUGAUAUUUCUGUAUCGUUUUUGUUUUUCUACAUUAUUAAUUACCUAAUGAAGCACAUAGUUAACAGUUUGACACAAAAACGGAAACAAUUUUCUAAUAGAAUCAAAAUAAAAACUGUUUUUUUUUUUGUUGAAAAAGACAAACAAAAGUGAAUGGUAGUGAGUCGUCGAAAAACAAAAGUGUAAAGGAAAAAUAGCGGUUUUUAUACACACAUUGAAUAUUUUGAGAAAAAACAAAAAUUCAAACUACAAAAACAAUAACAACAACAAAUAACUAAACACAGCCGAAGGAGUAAAAGAGAUAUAUCAAUAGAUAUAUGAAUCAACUCAGGCCAAUAACAACAAAAAAGCAACAACUUGGAUCAAUCAAACAGCGGAAAUAUAUUCUAAUCGUGGUCACACUGAGAAAGAGCUGCAAUUGAUCCAGUGUCAAAGUUCACAUUUUGGAUUGCGCUGAUACAGCAACGAUAGGGUUUCAUCGAUAAAACAACAAAAAAAAAUCGUUUACAAUAUACACACACAUACAGAUUUAAAACCAACGGCGACGAUAGAAUAUUCUCGGUGCGUUUUGAAAACUUGUGAAAUCCAAUUGAAAAGUGUUUGAAAUUCUGACGAGAGGAAGAAAAAAAGAAUUAGAGAAUAAAUGAUUAUUUUCUCAACGUUUGCUGAUAACGAAGUGCAUUUCUUUUUGCGAGGAUUUUUCGAAAGAAAAGAAUCUAAGAAAUAACUGAAAAAAAAAGAUGUUUACGUGAUUCCCCGCGACAAUAGUGAUAUAGCCGUUUUGUUUGCAACACACACCUCGACCGAAACGAAAGAAUAAAUAUAUAUAUAUAAAAUAUAAUUGAGCUGCGCAAAAAGUCUAAAACCGUCUUACAAAAAGAAAGAAAUACACGGCACACACAAGACGAACGUACUGAACAACAGAAUAGAAGAACGAAGACGGAAAAGAUCCGUGUGUAUACGCCAAGCAAAUGCAAUGAACAGUAAUUCAAUUGGUGCAUUCGCAUUAUACGGUUGACAGCAUGGAAGUUAAGGUGAUUGGCGAACCGUGCGGAUAUCAUGGUCCAUACACAUUUUAUAAAGGCAUUCGAAUAUCACCGUUUUCGUCGUCAUCAUCAUCGCCAGCGUCUUCGUUAUCGGUGACAGCAACGGUUGCAGCCACAAACAACGUCUAUGAAAAUCAUUGUUUCAAAGAAAAUAAUUGCUUUGAUGGCAUCGAUCGAAAAACGGCCGAAUUAUUACGUUCAAAUGACACCAUCAUAAAAUCCAUCAAGCAUGAAUACGAUUCGGAAUCAUCAUCCGAUUGCAGCGAUGGACUGGCAUUGCCACAACGAAAAUUCAACAAAACAGAUGUCAAACCACGACUAUUAGCCGAAUGCUAUAAGAAACCGUUAGUAUUGGCACUUGGUGAUUGCAUUCCGGUUCGGCCAUGGUCAGAUUCGCCAAUUGCAUGCAUUGCUGAGCUGCGUAUGGUAUGGCGUGAUAAAAACGAACAAUGUCUGUUGACUAGCCUUCGAUUGUAUUUUCUGCCCGAAAACACGCCAAUUGGUCGUAAUUGCCAUGGAGAGGAUGAAGUGUUGGCGAUUUCCGAGCGCGUUGUAAUUAGAGCAGACGAUCUACUGAACUGGUGUGACGAUACAAUUAAUUGGACCUAUGGAUUACGUGCAAAUACGCUUCUCGAUCCAUCGAUAAAAACUGAAGCAAAACACGAUGUUAAUAAAUGUGACAACAAUUUACCAACCAACGUUCAUAAUAAAAACGAAAAUGAUGCAGAUUUUGAUAGCAUUUCCACGUCAAAUAUUCGAUCGCUGAAAAAUUCCAAAUUGAAUUUUACUGAAGUGGAAAAAGAAAAAGAAACGUAUUCCCGGUCGAAUGUUGCAGUGAUCAGUUUUCCACGGUAUUGCCGUUAUCGAGCUACGCUAAAACGGCUUGAAGGCGUUGGCGACGAAUGGCUACGACAGACAUUAGUGCAGGCACUUUGCGGUUUUGUUUCAUACGGACCGGACACAAGAGUUAUGUUUUGCAAGGAAACAUUUGACUAUCCCGAAUUGGAAACGCAUGAGCUUUUGUGUAAUCAUUUGGCGCCAAAAUUGAAAGGUCGUCCACGUGGUCGUAGAAAGAAGGUUCGUUCGGAUUCACCAUCAUCGCGUAUCCGUUGUGAUUCAGCUGGUUCUGAUUCAUGCGAUUCCGAAAUAUCGGCAUGUUCGGUGGAAAAAGUCUAUUCAAAAUAUUCACCAUUGUAUGUUAAGCCCGAAUUUAAACAAGGCAAACAAGUGCUGGCCACAAGACCAAAACUUCGUUACAAUCCACGACCGGCACGAACGAAACUUAAAUCGGAAUCGGCCGAUGGUAUACGGUCAUCGCGACGGGCUACAAACAGCGAUAGCAGCGAUUCAAAUGACAGUGAUUCGAAUACAAACACAACGAAUCAAGACGAUGAUGAAAAUGAAUCGUCGGAGGAAUCGGAAUUCAUACAAAAGCUGAUUGGUUUUCAUGAAGCACAAGAUUCACAAAUUCCAAAAGUGUUUUGGAUCGGUUUGCGGCGCGUCAAUUUAUUGUCGAUUUAUCAAAAAGUGAGAAAAAUGGGCGGCUAUGAAAUGGUCACCGAACGAAAAAUGUGGAAAUAUUUAUUUGGCGUUGAUGGUGGCUACAAUUCAAUAUCACGCAAAAAAUAUGAACGUGCAUUGUUGCCAUACGAAAAGUAUGAAAUGCGCAAAGAAUAUGCGGAACGAUGUGCAAAGUAUGGAAAAGACGUUGUUGAUCGAAAUAGUGGCUACAAUUUUGAACAGCAUCUUAUCGAUGGUAAUCGACGAUUGACCGAAGCUGAAAUACUUGAAAUUCAACGGCAAAUUAAAUUGCAAGAAGCGCGAAAAGAAAAAGAUCAAAAUUUACAUGUAGAUUUAUCGUCUGGCUCAUUACCGGUUACCGUUAUUGUUGGUAAUAAAAAGUCAACGUCACCAUCACAAUUUCAAAUUCAACAACCGCAUACCACAAUUACCGUACAUCAGACGACAAUUCAUCCACAAUCGUCAAUGGUGCGAACCAGUCCGCCAAAUAAUCCCAUUCAAAUAACAAAUCAAAUACAAAUACAACAAUUCACAGUACAACCGGGUUCAUCGAAAAAAGACGAUGGUCUGAGUGGCAAACGUAAAUUUUCCAUCGACGAAUAUUCAGCGCGUGAUGCAAAUUUCGUGGCCAAUCAUUUGGCAAAAUUGGGUAAAACAACGUCAUUGCGACAGGUUCGCUUACGACCCGAUCGGCAACGAGAUCGUAAAUCGGGUGUCACAUCACCGCCAUCAAUUGGUUCGAUUACCGUGUCGGCGAUAAAACCAAAUGAAAAAGAAAACAUUCCAUAUUUGAGCGGUUCAAAGACGACAACAAUAACGCCGAUUCUUGGUAAUAGCAACAAAUCGUUGCGUUAUCCAAAUUCAAUGUCCGACGUUAUCGAUUUGGAUAGUGACAAUGAAGACAGUCAAUCACCGCCACAAUCACAUUUGUAUUCGGGCGGAGCCAUGUUUCCGAAUAUGAAAAAACGAAAAUUAGAUAUUCUUCGACAAGGUGGUCUUGAGGUGACGGCCAUUAGUAAUUCCGGUGGUCCGGUGAAUAAUCAAAGUGUUCAUGGUUCAACAUCAACGUCAUCAGCACAACCGGUGAAUGUUUCAAAAGUGAAAACCACUUCAAAAAUCAAUGCAUCAUUGACGGGUGCACAUAUUGAUGUGCCAUUACCAAAAUUCCAAUCGCAAUGCAUGUACAAACGUACUACACGAAUCUUUGGCAAUCCAAAAGAUUUAAUACCGUUGCCAACGCAAACCACCGAAUACAAUUGCAUCGAUUUAACGGUGGAAAAGUGUGAACCACAACUACCAAUUGGAUUGCGUUUACCUCAAUCGACAACAAUACAAAAAGCCCAUUCGACACCAGCCACUGUACUCACCACAACGUUACCUACGGCCGCACAAUUGGCUGCACAAAAGAUAACCGAUCCAAAUUUGCAAAUAACACUUGUACCUCCAAUUUCUCAUGCGCAUAAUUCGCACGCUCAUCAUCACAACAACAAACGAAAAUCAUCGGACAACAAUAAAACCACAAUAAGUGGCCUGAAAUUGUCGGAACAGAAAAUUCCUUCACUUCCACCGUCGAUAACCACAACACCAAUUGGCAAUUUUUCGAAUUCAACGAAUGCAUCAUCAGGCGCCAGUUCGUCAGCAUCACCACCAUCAACACUUCUAAAUGUUCCAAAUCUUUCGUCGAUUAAUGACAAUUUAAAAAUAAAUCAACUUUUAUUGCAAAACUUCCUGAAUCAAUCAGCUGUUGCAAACGCCCAAUCCGAUCAAUUGACGGCCGCGAAGCAAGAUCCAAGCACAAAUCCAUUUCUUAUGCUCGAUCCAAUGUAUCUGACCGGUCUUUACAAUAAUCCCAAUCUCUUUUUCCAACAAUCACUUCCACAAGAGCUAUUACAGCUGUACAAAAACUUUCCACAAGGAUUGGGCAUCAUUCCGAUCUCGAAAAGUUAAAAACAAAAGAUGUAAAACGGAUGAAGAUCGACUGUUUUUUUUUUGUUUUGUUGAAAAGCUUAUGAAUUAUACAAAAUAAAAACACUAAUUCAGAAGAAAAAGAGAAGAAAAUCGAAUUCUAGUCAAGCAUGUAGACAUACAUCACUCGAUUGGACCAUUUCAACCAUGUUUUUUUCCCUAUCUCACGUCUGAGUUAACAAUUGUCUCCCGAGUCUGUAAAAGCAAGACAUUUUCAUAAUCGGAACCGACUCGGGAACAGCAUCAACAAUAUUGAAGAAAGUAAAACACAAGAGAAAAUGGUCCAAAUAUCCAUCUUUUGAAACGUAUUUAAGUUAACCUCUUUGCAUAAGUUUAACAUAAUCUUUUUUUGAAUAAUUUUUUUAUGUGUUCUGUUUAAAAUCAUCAUUUUCUUUUGUAUUUUCUCUUACAAUAUAAGAUUGAUUAUAAUUAUAGUAAAAUGUCCAUUAUAAUUGUUCACUUUAUAAUCGUUCUCGUAUAAAACAAAUAAUACCGUAAGCACAACGUAGACUAAAUAUCGGCUCCACCAUAGAUAGGAUCAUUCGUAUAUUUUUUCAUACAACUUUGAAAAUCGACUCGGUCAACAUUUAUUUGUAUCAUUUUUUUGAUCACAUACGCCCACUUUUCAAAUCCUGAAUAUACAAAAUGGACAUUAAAUAGUGGAUUACAAAGUGAAGAAAGUUUCUUUAAGAAAACGACAAACACCCAAUAAACAAUCAAAUAAAAAUCAAUAUAUGCCGUUGAUAACGUGCCACACUUGAUCAGGAACUGCAUUAAAUUGCUAAACAACACAAGGACAGAAAACAAGAAGAAAAAAAAGUAAAACAGAAAAUAAAUCUAAUCAAAUUAAGUGAAACACAAACAACAUUUUUACAUAAACCGAAACAAAUAAAUGACAAA